UUGACACGUCACGUCAACGUCAACCAAACGUCAAACAGUAAAACUGUCACACUUCGAACUUAUAAAUCGCAAAUUUGUGCAUUUUAAUUUAAUUUUGUUAUAAAUAACCAUUUAAAAUAGUUAAAAAUGCCGCUAAUACGUUCAGCUAGUUUUAAUUUAUUUAUUGAAGUGCUCCUUCGGGUGGCUUUACUUUCCGCCUUUUGCUACAUGGAAAGCAUGACACCCUUCGAACGAGUCAUCCCGCAGUGGGAACUAGAGACCAACUGCAAGUAUCCUCGGCACGAGUCCUAUGUGCCCGGCAGCAUGCUCUGGUCCAUCGUGCUGAGUGUACCGUGCAUACUGUCCUUCCUUGCUUGGGCAGUUUGCAAUGACUGCAAUGAUGCACUAGAAAUUCUCCUGGCAUGGUCACUGUCUCUCGGCCUCACAGGUUUCCUGACAAAUCUGUUGAAGCUAACUGUGGGUCGUCCUCGCCCGGACUUCUUCUACCGUUGCUUCCCGGAUGGCGUGCAGACGGCGGACUUCACGUGCACGGGCGACGCGCGCGAGGUCAUGGACGGACGGAAGUCGUUCCCCAGUGGACAUAGCAGCUUAUCAUUCUGCUCACUGGGAGUCUGCGCGCUCUGGCUGGCGGGUCGUCUGGAAGCCUUAUCGCGACGGCGCGGCGACGCGGCGCGGCUGCUGGCGUGUGUCGCGCCGCUUUGUAUCGCGCUGUGCGUCGCAGUGUCGCGGACGUGCGAUUAUCAUCAUCAUUGGCAGGACGUCCUAGUAGGCUCCAUCCUCGGCCUGUCAGUAGCGUACAUCUGCUACCGGCAAUACUACAACAGCAUCAGCUCGGAGCUGGCCGGGGUGCCGCACGUCAUCUCCAGCCUGACCACGCGCGUCAGCGGCAGGCCCGACAUCAGCCCCGCCAAACAGGUACUUGUGGAUGGUAAAGACGGUGCAGAGUCCACACCAUUACUAGUCAACGGCGGAGUGAAGAGGCGGGUCAGCGGGUUCCGAGUUAUAUAA